CAAGAGGACUGCGUUGUCCUUGGCCUGGCGGUGGUGGUAGUCGGCGACCCGGCGGGCGAGGAAGCGGCCCUCGACAUCGGCUGUCGAGGCCGACCACACGCCCGAGUCAAUCUCGUCGACCAGCGUAAACUCUGACAUGCUGACUGAUGGGUUGUGUCGCGAGUAGCGAGCGCUACGAAGCCUUGCAUUGCGGGCGCCUACAGGCUACGAGUCCCUUUUCACUUGGCGCGUCCUGGCCGCCGCCCAGUCGACUCCUUUGUUCGACGUUGAUGGGCGCAGCUGCUCACGACAAAGCAGCGGUUUGUGCAUCGUGGUAAAUGCUCGCUCGGGCCAGUGAUGUCACCGCAUAACCGCGCCCUUGCCGCAUAACCGCGCGGCACAAUGCAUCGCACGGCCGUCUAUGACGCCGAUAGAGAGGCGACGUAGCACGUACGAAGUACAGUACAGACGUCGAUCGUCUUUGUCGUCGAGAGUAACCGUCGAUGAGCCGUUCUGAGACGACUCGCCCGCCGUAGCACAUGGAGCGCCAGGGACACGCGACCGUACGACGUCGGUGAGGCCAGCGGAGACGGGCUCGACGUCGACUGCGGACAUUCCAAUGCGAGGCGUUUCACGUCAAUGGAGCCGUGGCGGACGCCGCCUGCGCCGAUGCGGAGGGGUGGGCCCGGGGGGGUCGCAGAGGGACUGAUGGGACCCGACCUUGCCGACCGUUCAUUGUGCAUCCAUUCAUGGGUACCCGCCCGUAGCGCUUACGGAGGGCGCUAAGGCAGGUACCUGUGGGCGUUGGCGGACGCAUCCACACGGCGCCAUUCGCUCGCCGACGUUUCAAGAUGUCUGGCUGUGCGAGUCGCGAUUGACAGAUGACGCCACAAUGGCCGUAGCGGCGACUGGAGAGAGAGAGGGACAAUUGAGCGUGCGACAGGACCGACUGACCUCUUCGCGUCGAUCGCAGAGGGAGCAAAGUCUCGUUUGGCGGACGGACGCACGACGCACGGCUCGAACCAACACGGUCAGACGAAGAGCCGGCAUUAGCAGGCAGCGCACGGUCGACGGUGCUGGGGCGGCCAAUCAAGGGCGGGAACCCCUGACGCUGGCGCAGGCCCCUGCCCUGCCCUGUCCUGCAAAUGCGCCGCGUUCAGCGGGAGGGGCGGGGCCUUUUCCAUGAGGUACAGUGGGUGGUUCCACCCCAAGUGUUGGGGUGCCUCUCCGGGGCUGCUGCAGCACCAAUCGCUGGCGCUAUCCCGGCCAGGGUCACCACACAGCAUGACAGGCAGAUAGAUUGAUGGGGGCAUCCAUGCCUCAUUCCAUCUCCCUCUCGCCAACCCCCCCCUUUCGUCCAUCCCCAUCCAUCCAUCCAUCCCUCGCUCGCUGAUGGUGCUUGCUUGUCGGGUGCUGGCUCAAUCGACAUUGUCGCCAUUGUCGGGCCUCGCCAUCACGUUUUCUUUUCCGCGCUGCCAUCAUCCCACGCUCAUUCCAGCAUUUACACAACGCCGCUCGUUGAAACCUCCCCCCCGCCACCCGCGAGCGCGUUCCUACGCACUCUGCACGAUCUGCACGGGACUGCCGCGACAAGUCCCCUCUCUCCCUGCAGGGAAGAUCACGCAUCUCGUCUCCUCCGUGGUCUGCCGUCGUUUCGCAGCUGCAUUGGCGUAGUACCAAUCGCCACCUAGACGACCACCUCACGUUCUUCCCUCGUUGCCUCUCGAGACCUGCCAUGCCACUAUCGUAGGACCAACCCCGUCACCAUCAUCACCCUCGUUCAACAACAAUUGGAUUUCCCUCAACGCAUCAAGUCUCUCCCCAUCGCCGUCACUCGCAGGCGAGACGACGCAUGACGGCCGGACCGCUCACUCAUCACGCUCACUCACUCACUCCCCCCCCUCUCUGUCUCCUCGUUCAGACAGAGAGACACACAUAACGACCACAACCACCACCACAAGCCUCGACACGCCGGCCGCUGUCACCCAUCAUGGGCUGCCUCAGCCACAGCAGGAAGCAGACGAAGCAGGAGUUCACCGACCACAAAUGGGACUACAUCAACCUGGCCGACUUCAAGGCAAAGGGCUGCGGCCCGGGCUUCGUCUACGGCUACCUGUGGUUCUCGCUCAUCCUCUCCAUCGCCGUCUACGGCGUCGACAGCUUCACCGCCGUCAACCUGCUCGCCUUUGACCGCUGGUCCUCCAAGAUCAAGCCCGCCAUCCCCCUCGACGUCUCCAAGUGGAUCUUCUCGGGCUGCAUCAUCGCCUCCUUCGUCAACCUCGCCUACGAGGGCGUCCGCGCCUUUCGCGUCAUGCGCCGCCGCAACGUCGCCGAGUGCUACAUGGACAGCCUCGCCGCCCGCUGGGAGUCGAUCCGCCUCGGCAAGGGCCAGGGCUGGCGCCGCUUCCUCGUCUUUGCCGAGCUGACCAAGUCCAAGAAGGGCGCCGAGUACAUUGCCCUCUUUACCUACUUUAGCUUUCAAUCGUGGAUCCGCGUCAUCGUGUGCUCCGGCCCGCGUCAGGUCGUCAACGCCCUGACGCUGCGCUCCGUCUACGUGGCCAAGCUCACCCCCACGGCCAACAGCGUCGAGGGCUCCAUCGUGGGCUUCUUCGACAAGAUCAAGUCGCUCGCCGAGGAGGACUACCAACAGGCCGUCAUCCUCUCGGGCAUGUGCUUCACCCUCGUCAUCUGGGUCUUCUCGGCCCUCUACCUCCUCUCCGCGGUGCUCUUCUACGUCUUCUUCCUCUUCCACUGGAUCCCCCGCGACGACGGCGGCCUCACCGGCUACUGCGAGCGCAAGACCAACAAGCGCCUCACCAGCAUCGUCACCACAAAGGUCAACAAGGCCCUCGCCAAGAGCCAGGCCAAGCGCGAAAAGGCCGACGCCCUGGCCAUGCGCAACGGCGAGAAGCCCCACCUCGACCGCGCCGCCACCCUGCCCGUGCUCCCGGACGUCGGCCUCGGCGGCAAGGAGGACAGCCUGCCGCAGAUGCCCAUGCUCGGCCGCAACGAGACCACCACCACCCUGCCGGCUUACACGUCGCGCCCCGGCACGCCCAACAGCUUCGAGCUCACGGCCAUGGACCAGAAGCGGCCCGUGCCCUCGCGCUCUGGCACUUCAGGCUCGUCGUACUCGUCACGAGCGCCCCUCAUCGGCGCCGCCGCCGACAUGGGCUACGGCCGCGCGUCCCCGGAGCCGCCCCGGAUGCCCGACCUCGACUUUGGAGGCCCCGUCGCGCCGCCGUCACGCACGGCCACGGCUGGCUCGCAGCGCAGCUACCGUCCGGGGUACGGCCCGCCGCCGGGGAGCGCGGGCUCGAUGCGCAACUGUACCGCGACCCCCGCACCAAUGGACGCGGACAUGGCCUCGUACGGCCCAACAAGGACGCCCACGUCACGCUCCAUCAACGCGUACGGAGGCAACCCUCCGGCCGCGCGGUCGUACGACGCCUACAACCCAGAGGCCCGGACCUACGACGCAUUCGACGGCCGAGCUUCCCCGGCGCCCGCCACGUAUCGCGCGGGGACGCCUGCGUCGGCGUCGCGUGCCCCGCCGCCAAUGGGCGCGCCGCAGCAGCCCAUGAGGAGCCUGACGGGCCAGCUUCCGCCGCGCGGGCCGCCCCCGCAGAGGAACAUGACGGCGCCCGUACGACCUGGUGACUUUGAGCCGCCGGCGAGGACAGGCACCGCGCAGAGCAUGCGAGGGCCACCGCCGAGGCAGGGCGGACCGGGCGGGCCGCCGAAUCAACAGCGGGGGUACGGGUACGAUGGAGGUUAUGGGUUCUAGCGUUUGGCCAAGGAGUUGCGUGUGCACAUGUACAUUUCGAUACCCAUCCGGAGAUGGACCGCAAUUUACCUUUUCUGUUGCUGCGCUGAUGACUUGACUUGCUCGCAUGAUGGCGCGAUGCUGUGGCGCUAGCGCGGGGGUGUCCGGCGACUGCCAGUGGACGGGGCGUGGAUGAUGGUAUGAUUUGUAAGUAACUAACUAACCUGCCGCCGUCCCCGUCCGGACCGCCGCAUGUCGACCCAAGGGCGAGCUUACCCGUCCGUCCUUGCCGUCCGUCCUCUCUGGGCAUAUAUACAUGC